AUGGACCUAUAUCGAUCCAUUUCGUAUGAAGAGCGACAUGGCGAAUUUGAUGACGAGCUUGAUGCGGACACGCUGCUCACGGAUCUACUUGUGGUGGGCGAAGUGGUGGAUGAGAUAGCGGAUGACGAAAAAGAGGAGAUGCUGGUUCCAGCGCUCGAGGCAGACGUGCUGGGUAUGGUUACGGCGAAAGGCGAAGAGCUUUUGCGGCGAGUCUGCAUGGUGAUUGAUGGUCGGAGACGCUUUUUUAAGAAUGGUACUCUGGAUUUACACGGCGAUUUGGUUCAAACGAGGGAAUAG